GAGGCAUGCGCUGGUGCGCGCCGCUGAAAAUGGCGACGGUGGUGUGUCUGUCGCGACGCGUGUCGCCAUGCAUGCGACAUUUUCGCAAUGUCACGCGUGCUUAUGGCUCGUGGCGCGGUGACAAUCGUUUCGAGAGACUCCAGAAAGGUGUCGGUUUCCUGGCCACAGUGUCCGUCACGUUCCUGCUUGCGCAGCAGUACCUGCGACCGAAGGUGGUGCACGCUCUCAAGGCUCGCAAGAGAGAGGAUGAUUUGCAUAAAGCGGUAAAGCUGACGACAAGAGAGAGGAGAUUCAUAAAGUUCGCGUCGGCGACAUUCGACGGUCAGCUGUACAUGACACCGCAGGAUUUUCUUGACAGCGUCAUUGAGCCCGAGCCUCGUCCGAGACUAAAGAGGCGCGUGCUGACUGAUCAGGAGUUGGAUGUUAUGAGAAACUCAACUUCCUCGUUGCGCCACGGCAGCACGCACAUGUUCCGAAAUUUACGAGACAAAGGAAUUAUUUCUUACACAGAGUACCUGUUUCUUCUGUCCAUCCUGACGAAGCCGAAAACUGGUUUCCAAAUUGCCUUCAAUAUGUUCGACACCGACGGAAACGAGAGAGUCGACAAAACUGAGUUUCUUGUGAUUCGUCGUUUAAUGGGCGGCAGUCUGAAGCGACGGGAUCUUGACGAGCCGACGAAACGUGCAUUACGUGCCAUAAUUACUCCAGGCGAAGAGAUUCUAGGCAAGGCAAAGCUUCGCGAAGUUCGUCCGGUUAAAUCAAACGAAAUCGUCUCAAAUUCUUACAUGGAGAAGAUAUUCAGUCACGCGUGGAGGGGUCGCCAUGGAUGCGAGACUAAGGAGGAAUUGGAGCAAUUACAGGAGCGCCAGACGACACCGGAAGACAUUCAGGGGCAAUUUAUCGACGAUGAUCAGGGUUUGCAACGACGUCACGCAGUGGACACCACGCUGAUGAUACACUUCUUUGGCAAAGACGGUACUAAUGAAUUACGAUACGAAGAUUUCAAACAGUUCAUGGAGAACUUGCAGCACGAGGUAUUGGAGUUGGAAUUCCAUGAGUUUAGCAAGGGGCACAACACAAUCAACGAACUGGAUUUCGCGAAAAUUUUGCUGCGGUACACGUACCUCGAGCCUGACGAGUAUGAUAAAUACUUGGACAGGAUGUUGGACCGAGCGGACUUACAUAUUGGUAUCACGUUUGAAGAAUUUCGUCGCUUUUACCAAUUUUUGAACACUUUGGAUGAUUUUUCGAUAGCGAUGCGAAUGUACACAUUAGCUGAUCAUCCUAUAUCCAAAGGUGAGUUUCAACGUGCUGUAAAAAUAUGUACGGGAACAAUGCUUUCGAAUCACAUAAUUGACACGGUUUUCGCACUAUUCGAUGUGGACGGGGAUGGCCAACUGUCCUACAAGGAGUUUAUAGCCAUUAUGAAGGACCGAUUGCACAGAGGCUUUAAGUCUCAACAACGCAACGAGGGAUGGGAGGCAUUUAAAUUCUGCGUAAAGCAAGAGAUGAAAGCGCCCUAAGGAAAGAAUUUAAGCAAGAUGCAAUUCAACAUCUGAAGAAACCAGAAGAUAUAAGAAGAUAUAAAACGAUAUGAGAAACGAUACCAACAUUCGUUAAAUGAAUCCUACAAAUGCCUCGCUAAUAAUAAUAUUACAAUCGAAUUAUCGCAUAAAUAACUCUGCUCACUAGCUCAAUAGCAAUAUUUAUUUUACAUUGUUAAAACGUGUGACUGCUUUCUAUACGACACAUAAUUCAUUCUACAAAAAAAUCGUGUUAAUUAAAAUCAUUUAAAUAAUCAUAAUAUAUGUAGAGAAAUUGUCAGUAAUAGAAACAUGAAAGUAUUUGCAUUCUAUAACAUACACUAGAAAAUAUCGAAGAAGAAAUUAUCUUAUGACUUUUCAGUUAUGCUUAUAAUUUAUUCUUGUGAUAUCUUACUAGCUUGUAUACAUCUAAAUAAGGUUUGUUAAUAAUAUUAUGUUUUAUUAAUGUGUAAAAGUUCAUGAUUAAGCGUAUUUUUCUACGAAACUAUUUAUCUCGUUUAACUAAUCCUGGUUAUCUACAUGUGCAUGUGCGACCUGAUCCAAGGAAUGAAUUUCAUAUUAAAUUCAUAUGUUUUAAUCAAAUGUUAGAAACUAAGUUAAACACUCGAAUGUAAUUACAUCAAGAUAAAAUUUAGUCGAUAAUGCAUCGUGCUCUUGUCUCCGAGUCACAAAAUAUAUUUUCUCUCAUACACUGCCGA